AUGACUGAAGUUAAAGACACUAUCGGCUCAUUUAGCAAUAAUAUGAACUCGAAAGUUAAUAAGAAACAUAAAGAUUUGCCUGAUAAUUUAAGAUUGAAUGGUAAAACACCAAGCGGCAAAGUAAGAUUGUUUGUAUGUUCAAUAUGUACACGAGCAUUUGCAAGACAAGAACAUUUAACAAGACAUGAAAGGUCUCACACAAAGGAAAAACCUUAUUGUUGCGGACUUUGUCAAAGAAAAUUUAGCAGAAGAGAUUUACUCUUAAGACAUGCACAAAAAAUACAUAAUGGUGAUUAUGGUGAUACGGUGAUUAUAACAAGUAACGGUACUAUUACAUUAAAUAACAAUGAAAGAAAAAUAGAUGAUUCACUUGUUGAUAAUUUAAGUAUAGAUUUAAAUUUAGUGUCUAAAAAUAACAAAGAUACAAUUAUAGAAAACUUGAAUGGCAGAGAUAUUAAAAGAAGAAAACGCCAUAUGCAAGUACGACAAUUAAAGAAAAAUUUAUUAAAUGAUACAUCGAAGAAUAAUAGAAGAAGUUAUAAUUCAAUUCAAAAUGAAAACACUAUUAAUGGUACUUCCAAAUUUUCAUUUAAGAGAAGAUCAUCGUUUAGUGCACAAUCAGCUACCGAAUAUGUAAUCCCACGUAAUGCUGAAGAAUCAAAUCAUAAAAUUGAUAAUGUGAAAUUUUCAACUCCUGAAAUGUUACCCAUCAAUUAUUUUAAACAGAAUAUUAGCAAUAUUUCAAGUGAUGAUUCUAUUGAACAUUUAAAUUUAAGUUUAGAUCCAAAUAUGGAUAAUAAGACAAAUAAUAUAAAAAACACUAAUAAUCAUAAUAUUGGUAUCAUCGACAUUUCUAAUAUUAGAAGAGAUGAGAAUAUCAAUUCAAAAUUACUCUCAGAAAAAAAUGAUAGUAUUGUAACAAAUCCAGAUAUUAAUAUAAGAAAAGAUACAAUUAUUAAGGAUAAUAAUUACAAUAGUAUAAAUUUUCCUCUUUUGGAUAUAGACUCAUCUAAUCCAUUUUCAUCAAAAAGUGAACUAAAUCUACUAGAUACAAUAGAAUGGAUUAAUGGCAAAUACAAUAGUUCGACCACAAAUUCAAGUUCUAAUAGUAGUUGCGAGGGAACUAGUAUGAAUUCUAUUCAAAGAAAUCAGAAUUCGAUAUAUGACACAGAAAAAAGUCAAGAAACUUCAACAAAUGAAUAUAGUAAAGAUUUUACUGCUAUAAAUAAUUAUUCAAGUAAAAAAUCCUUAACCCAAAAAUAUCUUACACAUUAUAAAAACGCAGAUAAUGGUAAUAUAAUACCUACAUUAUUUAAGCACAAUGAAUCAUUUCUAAAAAAGAAAAAUGGUUUAACAAAUUCGAAAUUUGAUAGCAUUAAUGGAUCAAAUACUAAAUUAAACUGGAAUAAAAGUAAUAUCACUCCAUCCUCAAAUAUUUCAUACUUGACCAAUACCACAGAAAACAAAUUUGAACAUGAUAGCAUGGCAUCUACAUUAACAGAUAAGUUGAGUAACAUAAAUUUAAAUGAAAAAUAUGUUGAUUUGAAUAUUAUUUCAGAUUUCACAUCUGAUAUCCCAUCUAUCUUUGGUGACUAUCUACAAACAGAAGAAUCCAAAAUGAAUUUAACAAAUUAUCAACUGAAUAAUACACAAGAAUUUUCUAUCAACAAUGGCGUAACUUUUCAAAUUGGUGUCGAAGGUGAUGACAUGAAUAAUAAUAAUGAUCAACAUAUUAACCCUAAUUGUAAUGAUAACAAUAACGUGAAUCCUCCUAUGUUGAAUGGAAAUUACACAUUUUAUGGUUUAGACUAUGUAACAAUCUCAAAUAUUACGAGAGCAUCUCCUCCAUAUAUUGAUAAUUCGGAUAAUGGAAUACUUAUCAAUCCUGAUGACGUUAAAUUAUUUACUCCAGAAUUGCAUAAAUAUUGUACAGAAAUAUUAGACCAUUAUAAAAAUAACUACCAAAAGGGCAAUAAAUCAAAUAUAUCACCUAUGUUAGUUGCUAAAGAGCUUGUUCUCCCAAGUUGUAAAGAAUUAAAUAAUUAUCUUUCUUCUUUCAUGAAUAAUUUUGCGCCACAUCAUUCUUUUAUUCAUCCGGACAUCUUAAAAUUAGACAAAAAUCAGCUAAAAAUGUAUAUUCAUGAGACUUCUAAUGAUUCAAACUCAAAAAACUAUGAAAAAAGGGAUGAGUACUUAUAUUAUGCAAAUUUAGUUUGUCUCCCGUUAUUUAUGGCAACAUGCGGUUCAUUUUUUAGACCAGGUUGUAAACCAAAGAAUAUUGAACUUUAUGAAAUAAGUAGACGGAUUUUGCAUGUAUAUUUGGAGAGAAGGAAACAAUUCCAAAGCACUGAAGAAGAAGAAAUUUCAGAGACAAGUAACUUUCCUGAAACAAAUGCAAAACCUCAUAAUUUGUGGUUAAUUCAAUCAUUAAUCUUAAGUGUUGUAUUUGCAUUAUUUGAAGAUCAGAAUAUUAAAAGAGAUGACAGUAUGAUAAAAAGACAAAUUACAGCAGUAUGUUCUAUAGUUAGAAAAAAUAUUAUACCUAAAAUAAAUGUGGGAUAUGAUUGUAAUAUGUCCAACAACGGUGAUUCUAAUAGUUUUAAAUUUAAAAAUCAAUUAGAAUAUAUUAUUUUUGAAUCCUCUAUUAGAUGUGUUCUAAUGGUUUACAAUUUUUGUAAUCACUUAAAGAUAUUUUAUCAUAUGGAUUCAUCUAUGUUUCUAAAUGAAGCAGAUAUUGAAAAUAUUGUAAUUCCAGACAGAGAAGAUAAAUGGUUAUUUUCUUCUUUCUUAAAUAAUUCUGCGGCCGUUGGUUUGGGUAAUGAUUUUAAUAAGCUUAAUGGGGACGCAAAGCGUUCUUCAACUUUGCUAAAACAAUAUUAUUGUAAUUUCCAUAAAUUCUAUGGAACUUUUGCAUUCAAUAAUAUUGGAAUUCAUCAAAUUCCUGAUGUAUUGAUCAAGACAAUGUUAUAUUACGAAUUCAAUUCAUAUGCAUACUCUAAUUUUCAUUUGUUUUUACAUAAAAUUGACACCAAGAAAUUAGAGAAAAAUUUUGAACAAAAUUAUGAAUGCUAUAUUAAAACCUUGGGUAAUAAUUUCAUUGAAAAUGAUUCAUAUGCCAAAUUUCAAGUAUCUUCUAUACUUCAACAUGAUGGAUUGGCAUUAAGAAAUAGUUUGAUGGUCAUUAAUCUUUUUAAUAAAGUAGAUAGAUCAUUUUGUUCAAAAAUCUGGAAAAGCAACGUAUAUGAUAUUUUUGAGAAGUUUUUAAGCUCAAAAUCAACUAAUCUUUUAACGAAUGGAUCAUAUAAUACAUUAACUGAUUUUUUGGUGGCUUUAAAUUUUUCAAUCAAGAAUAUAACAAAAUUAUUUAAAGUGAGAGAGAAUGCAACAAUCAUUGAUAUAGAUAAAAAGAUAAUAUCGUUGUUUUCUUUGCAGAGUUAUUAUUAUGAUUUUCUGGUAAUUAUCAAAUUUAUUAUUGAUUUUGAAUAUUCACCAAAUUUUAAAUUGUUAUGUAUAUAUACUGAAUUGAAAAAGUUAGCAGAUAAAUUGCUCAUCCCUAAGUUUUACUCGUUGUUUCCAGAAUAUUUUGUAAAUUGUCCAGAUGUGAUUUCCACAUUUGUUGAGAUGGAUGGAAAAAUUAAAUCGGAUAUAAACCAUCACUAUUUACAAAUUAAUUCAGAUAAGAUUGAAAAAAUUAUAAACAACAUAUUAGUUUAUGCGUUUAAUGAUUCAUCCUUCUUGAUAAUGUCGGAACCGUCUACUAACGAAUUUCUUUUCAACAAUUCACAACCGCCUUACUAUCCUUUCGCGUCAUCUUCUUCUUCUAACAUUAUUAACUCUAAUAUUGAAAAUGUCACAAAAGAACGCAUAGGGUCACCAGAUCCUACUCCAACUAAGUCAGCAAUUGACCUUUUGAUUUCACAACAGAAAGGGGAAACAGGAAAUACUGCAAUAAAAAAAAAUAGACAAGAUUUUUAUGAAAGAUAUAAACUAUCGUUAAAAUAUGUGGUAAUUUCCAAGUGUUUUUUUGAAUUUAUAUCAAGAAAUUAUAUUUACUGUCAUUUUAUAGAAAACAUGAUAGAAGACAUUAAAAGGAUAGAAGAAAAUUUAGAAUUAUAUAAUUCAAAAUAA